AAAGAUUUUUAUCGCAAAAAUGUUAGAACUAACAUGCAGCAAUGGUGCAGCUUAUGCAAUGCCUUGUUGAUCUUGGUGCCCUUCAACCCAGUGGAGACUUAUCAUCAGUAAGGAGAUCUGUACAGUUUUUCUUGGACAAUUUGCUAAGCCGGACACCGGAUCAGCAGCAAACUUUGGCUGCAAUUGGAGAAGAUUUAAUUGCUAUAGCUCAAGAUCAACCUUUCCGAUUUCCAUCCACUUUCACCUUUGUUAUCAGGGCCUUCUCAACUCUUGAAGGCAUAGGUUACAGACUCAAUCCAGAUUUUUCCUUCGUGAAGAUUGCUGCACCUUAUGCUCAGGAACUUCUAGAUGUACGGCAAAAGCAGCAGACAGGGCCACGACUAGUGGAGCAAAUAAGGAAACAGGCAGAUGACGCAAGAUCCUCGACUAUGUCAAUGCCAUACAGAGUACAGGGAAUAGAUGAGUUUGUGAAGCAGCUUGAGGAUAGGGAUCUGAGACUCCUGGUCCGGGUGCUUGAGUCUGAGAGAGCUGCUCAAAAAGCAACAGUGCUGCAAAUGGCAACUACGUAUACAGUACUGGGAGGAACCUUGCUAAAUUUUGGCGUCACCUUGACCACCCAAGGCAAUAUCGCCAUUGCAAAUGGAUCCUUUGUUGGUGCAGGUUUUUUUAUGACGCUGUUCUUCAAGUCUAUGCAAAGGGUAAAGAAGCUUGAUAAAUUUGAGAAAAUGACAUGACAUAUACCAUACAAAUU